AUGCCGGAAUUAAACAAUCGCAAUUUGUUCGUAUAGCUGGAAUUGCAGGCCGCUUAUGGAUUAAAAUGAAGUCUAAUACUAAAAAGGGUGGUCUAGAAAUGUUAAAAGCACAAUUACGCCAAUAUGCUUGCAAUGAGGAGCCUUAUAAUGGAUCUUAUGUAUCAACUAUUGAUAGUCCAGUUCGAUGA